AGCCCCCAGAGCAUUCAGAGCCCGCCAUGCCCGCCGCCGAGUCCGUGCAGCUCUGGCAGACCGUGCGGUUGCUGGUCGACCGGGUCGCCCGGCGCCGCGCGCUCGGCGGGGCGCUGUCCGCGUGGGGCAGGCUCGUGGAGGCAGAGCGCAAGCGGAAGCGCGAUGCCCUCUUCGACGCCAUGGGCAGCCAGAUGCGGGCGGCCAAGAGGCGCUGCAUAGGCCUCGAGGACCGGCUGGCGCGGCGGCGGCCCCCGCUGGCGGAGGCCUUCGACGCCUGGCGGUGCCGCGCGCGGCUGCGGCGCCGCCCCGCCGCGGCCGUGGAGCUCUGCAGGCGCUGCGCGGAGGACGCGG